ACCAAAGCCCCACAUUUUCCAUUCUCCACCAAUAAAAAAAGAUUCUCCACGCAAACUGAAACAAAAACCAUAAAAUCCAUCAUCAAAGUUACCAAAAUUCCUAAACUCUACAACCAACCAUGUCAUCCGACCACCACCAACAUCUCCUAAACCCAGAACCCGAAACAGCCUAUGACCCAACUGAAAAAGUCCACAUCAUCGGUGUCCGAGAAACCGAAGACGACUACACAACAGCCCCACCUUUUUCAUGGCGAAAGCUCUGGCUAUUCACAGGACCCGGAUUCUUAAUGAGCAUAGCAUUUCUAGAUCCAGGCAACUUAGAAGGCGAUUUACAAGCAGGUGCAAUUGCAGGGUAUUCAUUACUAUGGUUAUUGUUAUGGGCCACUGCAAUUGGGCUACUGGUCCAACUUUUAUCGGCCCGGUUGGGUGUGGCGACAGGGAGACACUUGGCUGAGCUGUGUAGAGAGGAAUAUCCAAAUUGGGCAGGGAAAUUGUUGUGGAUUAUGGCUGAAUUGGCUUUAAUUGGUGCUGAUAUUCAAGAAGUUAUUGGAAGUGCUAUUGCUUUAAAGAUUUUGACUAAUGGUUUUUUGCCACUUUAUGCUGGUGUUCUUAUCACUGCUUUUGAUUGUUUCAUAUUUCUGUUUCUUGAAAACUAUGGUGUGAGGAAGUUAGAAGCCCUUUUCGCCUUUCUCAUAGCGGUCAUGGCAAUUUCAUUUGCAUGGAUGUUUGGUGAAACCAAACCCAAUGCCAAAGAGCUUCUUGUUGGUCUUGUGGUUCCGAAACUCAACUCCAGAACAAUACAACAAGCAGUGGGAGUUGUUGGGUGCAUUAUAAUGCCUCACAAUGUGUUCUUGCAUUCUGCACUUGUACAGUCAAGAGAAGUUGACCCGACAAAAGUGGGUCGAGUCCGUGAAGCUUUAAGAUACUACUCGAUUGAAUCCACUAUAGCACUUGCUAUCUCGUUUGUUAUAAAUCUUUUUGUAACAACUGUAUUUGCCAAGGCGUUUUUUGGUACUGCCAUAGCUGAUACAAUCGGGCUUGGGAAUGCCGGUCAGUUUCUUGAAGAUAGGUUUGGUGGAGGGUUGGUGCCGAUUUUGUAUAUAUGGGCUGUUGGGUUGCUAGCAGCUGGACAGAGUAGUACCAUUACCGGUACUUAUGCUGGUCAGUUUAUUAUGGGCGGUUUUCUUGAUUUGAGAUUGAAGAAAUGGGCUCGGGCCUUAAUCACCAGAAGCUGUGCAAUCGUUCCAACAUUGAUUGUUGCAUUAAUUUUUGAUAGUUCUGAGGACACUUUGGAUGUCUUAAACGAAUGGCUUAAUGUGCUCCAGUCCAUUCAGAUCCCUUUUGCUCUCAUUCCCUUGUUGUGCUUGGUGGCCAAAGAGGAUCUGAUGGGAGUUUUUGCCAUUGGCCCUCUUCUAAAGACAAUCUCGUGGCUUGUGGCUGCUUUGGUGAUAGCAAUAAACGGAUAUCUAUUACAACAGUUUUUUGCAGAAGAAGUAACUGGAGUCACCUUUACUUCUAUAGUAGUCGUUUUCACGGUUGCAUAUGUGGCAUUUGUAGUAUAUCUUAUCUGGCGGAGUGUCACUGUUUCCACAUUUGGUUUCUUUAAGCUGAGAAGCCAAUCAACAUAAUGAGGAACCUUCAAAGUUCAGUAGCAAGACAAGUUCAUUAGUAUAAUUAUAAUUAUAGGAACCAAAAAUCCUUGAAGGUUGGAGUAGCAAAAUGUCAUCGUCCAUUGUGACAAAAUAUUGUAGUCAUUAUUUGGUGUCAUGACUCAUGACAACUUAUAGGCUAAAUGGGAGAUGGGAAAACUGAUCAUAAAUGUAGUAUGAACAGAUCAUUUUCUGUGUAAAUGAUCAUUAGAACAGGGCUUAUUGCCAUUUCGACCGUGUAUUAUUAUGUAUUUGAAGAGGUAGGAGAUUAGUCAAUUGUAUAACUAUGGAUUUCAAAUCUAUGUUUAUUAAACAUGUUUGUAUUUGUUCGGUAA